AUGUCCUCACCUCCCGAGCAUAGGUUUUGCAUCAUAACCGGCACCGGCUUCGCUGGUAUUAUCGCCGCCUGCACCUUCCUCCGCACGCGCACCCUCUCUUACUCAGACUUUCUCCUCAUCGACCGAAACACGAAUUACGGCGGUGUGUGGUGGUCGAACACGUACCCAGGAGCAGCGUGCGACAUCCAUAGUCAGAUUUACAGUAUCUCUUGGGCGCCGAGUCCUUUUUGGGAGCGCUACUUUGGCUCCCGUAAUGAGAUCCAAGCAUACCUUGAAGGCGUAGCGCGGCGGUACCAACUAGAGCGAUCGACGCGAUUCGGAGUCGAGAUCGAAGAGGCGCGUUGGGAUGAGGAUGAGCUUCUGUGGGUUGUAGAUACUCGAGAUGUUGCUACUGGGACGAAGAAGCGGCGGACGUGUAAUCUACUCAUCUCCACAGCCGGCCAAUUCCAAACCCCCAAACGCCUUUCUCUCCCCUUUUCCACGCUAUCCCCUACCUCCGAUUCUCCCUCACACCCACUCUUCCACCAAUGGCACACCUCCUCCUGGCCCUCCCACGCCACCGCCACCCUUACCAACGCCCGCGUCGCCAUCAUCGGCACGGGCCCCUCCGCGGCCCAACUCAUACCCAAAAUCUAUCCCCUCGUGAAAUCACUAGUAAUCUACCAGCGCUCACCUUCCUUUUGCGUCCCACGCAACGAUUUCAAAAUGAGCGAGUGGAGGAAGUGGGUAUUCGCUCGGGUACCGGGGGUGUUAAGAGGGUGGAGGGGGUGGUUGGGGUUUAUCGGCGGCAUCGUCAGCCGCCGCAUCUUCGACCCCACAUCCCGCCUCCACAAAGCCGCCAUCAGCAUCGCGAACACCCAUCUAGACAACCAAGUCCACGACCCGGUUACGCGCGAGAAACUGCGCCCGCACGACCCGUUUGGGUGCAAGCGCCCCCUCAUUCUCGACGACUACUACCCCGUGUUCAACGAACCGAACGUCACGCUUGUCACCGACCCGGUAGUCCGCCUGGGUUCCCAUGGCAUCGUGUCCCGAAGAAAAGAAGACGGGGAGGAAGAGGAGCGCGAAAUCGACGUGCUGAUCUGGGGCACCGGCUACACGCCUAACCUCCCUGGCUCUGCGUUCCCCUGCUACGGCGUCGGUUCGCGAUUGCUCGCGGAGUCGUACCAGCCUGAGGGGUAUUCGCUCUACGGCGUGGGGGCGGCAGGGUUUCCGAAUUUCUUGAACUUUUUGGGGCCGAAUAGCAUUAAUUUUGAGCGGUCGAUGAUAGAGCUGCUGGAGAAGCAGGCGGAGUAUUUUGUCCAAGUAGCUGCGUGGCUGAAAGGGCGGACUAGACGUGGCGACAGAGUCGCGGUAAUGCCGCGAGAGGAGGUCGCGAAGGCGUGGACGGAGAGCUUGAGGGAGGGGCAGCGGAAGCAUCCAGCGGCUGGAGAGACGUGUCAGAGUUACUAUAAGUUGCCCUCCGGCGCCAUUUACUACUACCCGUACCGCAUGUCUACCUACUAUCGCCUAAUCCGCCGUCCGGAUUUCUAGAAAGACUGGAAAGUGUUUUCUAAUAACAAAGACCUCGACGUGGAGCUGAAGUCCAAGAAACUGAGCGAAACCAAGGACAUAGAAUUGGGGUUGAAGAUAGAGGUUCUACCCAUAGAAAUCCGGAGCUUGAAGAAAACGAUGCUGAUCCCCAGGGGCAUGGCGAUGUUCAGAAUAGUCGCUGAGACCUGGGGUGUAGAUAGUUACUGGUAGAAAAUCGAUAAGCUUGGGUUAGUACUAGUGACUAAUGGGAGAAAUGGGAUGCUG